AUGGCUUCUCAACCACCUUGUCCUGACUGCGGACGUAACUUCCCACCAAGACCCUCAACCGAACCAAACUGUCGCCGGUGUCAAUGGCGAGAACAUAAUGGAUCUGUCUGUGACCAACCUUUCUGCCAAUUAUGUGGCAUAGUUUUCAAAUAUCUCAAAGGAAAUGAUUGUGGCAGCUGUGCAAGCAACCCUCUUGCACUGGCUUCACAAAACUCUCAGAACACGGCAUCUUCAAUACCGCAUCAGCAAAAUCAUGGACAGCCAUUGAUUCAUACUGUCAUUCCUACUACAGCAAACCCCAAUGACCUUCCAUCUCACCUGUUCUCCCAAAACCCUUUGGCCACAUCUUUAUCUGCACCAGUCCACCAAUCAUCCAGCUUUUCAACAAAUAAUCAAGCUGAAGAGCUCGCACGUCUCUUAACCUCGAAGAAUAGAACCAAUUGGCCAAAGCCUCCCAUUACCAAAGCUGUCCUUCAACCACCAAAACCUUCUCAGGCUUCAGAAAAGCAAAAGCCAAAACGUGAAGGGAAAAUUAAGAUGAUGCUUUGUUACCUGAAGAGUAUGAGAAAAACACGACAUCCCCUCGAGCCAAAGAUGUGUAAGGUCAAUCUAGAUGAUCCCCAUUGGUAUAUAAAUCUUUACCUUGAAGCUUGGCUAUGGUUUCGUGACACAGCCGACAAGCUCAACUGGCCUCCGCACGACAAGCAAAUUGGCAAGGAUAAGCUAGUCCCUUUACCUUGUUGGGACGACCGCUACUGCCAGACUGUUGACAAUGGCUGCCUCAUUGAAAAGGAUGAUCUCAAAAUUCAGAUCAUAUAUGCUCUCAAGAAACCAAGCGGUCUUGCAUCAUUGAAAUGCAUGGGGAUCUCAUUCAGUUGGGAUAAGUACCAACUCACUAUCCCUCAGUCCCCCCUUCCCGAGUCCAAUGAAGACAAACAAGAUAUUACUGAACAACCCACCACCAGGAACAGUACCAAAAGAUCGAGAUUGGAUUCAUCAGAUGAUGAAUCCUCCAUCAAAGAAUCUGAUGCUUCAGAAAAAGAGGUUGUAGUAGUCAAACAAAAGAAGAAACAGAAGCUUGGGCCUCCCCCAAAACCUCACCCCAAUGAAAAAUCUAUUACCGCUUCUGGUCUUACCAAGGAGGAGAUCGAGGACAUUGAAACCGAUGAGCUCAAAUCCAAUAUCUACGACUCCACAAAUGAGGCUCAUCAUCAAAACCAAACCUUUCACGAAGAAACCAAGCUUGAUCAUGAAAAAAACAAGCCUGAUCACAAUCAAACCAAAACUGUCGAGAACAAUGACAAGACUGAUCACAAUGAAAACAAGACCGAUCACCGGUUAGAACCAGCCCAAUCCCAAUCCAAGGUGAAGGGUAUUGAGCAGACCAAACCUCAAGAUCCUGCCUCCAAAUCACCAACAGCCUUGCUGCUCGGUUAG